AUGAAGGGCCUUAAAAUUGUGAUCAAACUAGGAACAAGUUCUAUAAUAGAUGAAGUUACCCACAAGCCGCUACUUUCAAUAUUGAGCCUCAUAGUAGAAACCGCAGUUAAGCUGCGCAAUGAAGGGCAUAAAGUCGUCAUUGUCUCUUCUGGGGCUAUUGGAGUUGGACUACGAAAAAUGAAUUAUGAUAAAAGGCCUAAACACUUGCCACGAAUUCAGGCUCUAGCGGCAAUUGGACAGUGCCAUCUUUUGGGUAUAUGGGAUCAAUUAUUUUCUCAUUUUGGUCAGCCAAUCGCUCAAAUACUAUUGACUCGGGAAGCUAUCGCACAUCGAAGUCAGUACCUUAACGCGCAGAAAACCUUCCAUGAACUCCUAGAGAUGGGGGUUAUCCCUAUAGUGAACGAAAACGAUACGAUUGCCGUUAGCGAAAUAAAAUUCGGAGAUAACGAUACCUUGUCAGCUAUUACUGCCGCCAUGAUACACGCACAGUACCUCUUCCUGAUGACUGAUGUAGAUUGUUUAUAUGAUAAAAACCCAAGAACCUGUGCUGAUGCAUGCGCAAUCGAGGUAGUCGAAGAUAUCUCGAGCCUGAAUGCAGACGUCUCUAGCGCAGGAUCUAACUUAGGGGUUGGUGGCAUGUCCACUAAAAUUGUCGCAGCUCGCUUAGCAACAUCAGCUGGCGUCACAACGAUCAUCACGCGCUCUUCUACCCCAGGUAAUAUUCCCCAAAUUGUUCGAUACUUGCAAACACUGAAAUCCAACCCAUCAUCGCCUCGGUCCGCACCCACAUUGAAGCUAAAUUCACGAGAGGAUGAAAUCGACACUUCUAGCCAGAGUUCAGAAAUCGAAUCGGAAUGCAGCCCUCCACUUCACACACGUUUUAUUCCAGCGCAAAAUCCAAUCAGAGAUCGCAAGUUCUGGCUGCUCUACGGUCUAACUCCACGUGGUACUUUGUACGUCGAUUCUGGCGCUUAUGAAGCCAUUAAGAAUAAGGCCGGACUCUUUGCAGUUGGUGUUCUAGAUGUGGAAGGUAAUUUCGCACAAAUGGAGUCGGUUCGCAUUGUAGUUGUCAGUCGUUCGGAUCCUAGUACGUGUGAGGACAACCAAAAAUCAUGGCAGGGUCCGGGCACAGAAGUUGGAAGGGCUGUAGUUAAUUUUAGCGCAUCGGAGAUUUCGCGAAUCAAAGGUGUCAAAAGUAGUGAGAUACGUGAUCUUUUGGGAUACGCUGAUAGUGAAUAUGUGGCUCUGCGCGAAAAUAUAAGUACAUUUGGCUGA